AUGUCCGCCAAAGCAAUACGCGAAGCCACCGGUAAAGACAUUAUCAACCGUCAGCUGCAGGGCGAUCAUGGAGCGGCCAAGUGUCGGUUUGCAACCGUGACCGAAACUACACAAUGGCAGCAGUUGGUGCAGGACAACCCGUGGCUGGAGACAUCGCCUCUUGUGGUUAAGCCUGAUCAACUGAUCAAGCGACGUGGAAAGCUUGGACUGAUUGCCGUGAACAAAAAUCUAGCACAAGUAAAAACAUGGGUCAACGAACGGAUGGGCAAGGAUCAGAAGAUUGGCAAUGCUACUGGCAAGCUGCGCAAUUUUAUCAUUGAGCCCUUCGUACCCCACAAGGAUAAUGAGGAAGCGUACGUAUGCAUCUACUCUCAUCGGACGGCAGACACAAUUCUGUUCUAUCACCAGGGCGGAGUUGAUAUCGGCGAUGUGGACGCGAAAGCAUUGAAAUUGGAAGUACCAGUCGGUACUGAUGUCACAAUGGCCGAGAUCGAAAAAGUGUUGCUGACCGAGAUUUCUUCCGCUAAGAAAAAGAGAGUUGCAAACUUUGUGUACAAUCUGUACAAAAUGUACGUGGAUCUGUACUUUACUUACUUGGAGAUUAAUCCGCUGGUCGUGACGGACGACUCCAUCUACAUCCUUGAUCUUGCCGCUAAGGUUGAUGCAACUGCAGAUUUCAUCUGUCGGCCGAAAUGGGGAGAGAUCGAUUAUCCGCCACCGUUUGGACGUGAUGCGUUCCCGGAGGAAGCGUACAUUGCCGAUUUGGAUGCUAAGAGUGGUGCUUCGCUGAAGCUAACCAUUCUCAAUCGCAACGGUCGCAUCUGGACGAUGGUGGCUGGUGGUGGUGCUAGCGUUAUCUAUUCUGAUACAAUCUGCGACCUGGGAGGCGCUAGCGAGCUGGCCAACUACGGCGAAUACAGUGGCGCUCCGUCAGAGCAGCAAACUUACGAGUACGCUAAGACCAUUCUUAGUCUAAUGACGAGCAGCCCGAAGCAUCCGGACGGAAAGGUGCUGAUCACCGGAGGUGGCAUUGCUAACUUUACGAAUGUGGCAGCAACGUUUAGCGGAAUCAUUACCGCUUUGCGUGACUACCAGCAGAAGCUGAUCGAGCAUAAUGUGUCCAUUUUCGUGCGCCGUGCUGGUCCGAACUAUCAGGAGGGCUUGCGCAAGAUGCGAGAGAUCGGUAGCAGCUUGGGCAUUCCACUGUAUGUGUUCGGUCCGGAAACGCAUAUGACGGCUAUUUGCGGCAUGGCACUGGGAAAGAAACCGAUCGCAAAGAGCAACAAUGUACACUUUGCUACCGCAAAUUUUCUACUGCCGGGCGGCCAGCAGGGUGCUGAGUCGUCGAAGAAAUCUUCCACCGCCAGUCAGGAAAAUGCAGCUAGUAGUGGCGUUAGCAAGAAAAUUACCUCACCCGCUACUUCCCCGGUAGGCGAAGCUGGUGCAGCCCGCAGCUCUCCAACGGAGAUCGGGUCGAAUGCGUACCGUCAGAUGUUUAGCAAUCGUACUAAGGCGAUCGUUUGGGGCAUGCAAACCCGUGCGGUUCAGUCAAUGCUAGAUUUCGACUUCAUCUGCAGCCGCGAUGAACCUUCCGUAGUGGCUAUGGUGUACCCAUUCACCGGAUACCAUAGACAGAAGUUCUACUGGGGUCACAAGGAAGUGCUGAUUCCGGUGUAUUCCAAGAUGUCGGAAGCAAUCAACAAGCACAAGGAAGCGGACGUGCUGGUAAACUUUGCAUCGCUCCGGUCGGCCUACGACAGCUCGGUCGAGGUGCUGGACUAUCCGCAGAUCCGCACGAUUGCCAUCAUUGCCGAGGGUAUUCCGGAGAAUCUUACUCGCAAGCUGAACAUGGCUGCCCGUGAACGAAACGUUGCAAUCAUCGGUCCGGCGACGGUCGGUGGCGUCAAGCCGGGAUGUUUCAAGAUCGGCAACACGGGCGGUAUGCUCGACAACAUCAUACAUUCCAAGCUGUAUCGCGCUGGCAGUGUUGCGUACGUGUCUCGCUCGGGCGGUAUGUCGAACGAGCUGAACAACAUUCUUUCGCUGACGACGGACGGAGUUUACGAAGGCGUGGCAAUCGGGGGCGACCGUUAUCCGGGCACUACCUUCAUGGAUCACAUCAUGCGAUACCAGGCAGAUCCGGCUGCCAAGAUGAUCGUACUGCUGGGAGAGGUUGGCGGUGUGGAGGAGUACGAAGUGUGCGAAGCGCUGAAGGACGGCCGCAUCACCAAGCCGCUGAUUGCCUGGUGCAUUGGAACGUGUGCGGGAAUGUUCACCUCUGAGGUGCAGUUCGGGCAUGCGGGAUCUUGCGCCAACUCGGACCGUGAAACAGCAUCGGCUAAAAACAAGGCUCUUGCCGAAGCCGGCGCUCAUGUGCCUGCAUCGUUCGAUGCUUUCGGUGAUAUGAUUGGAUCCGUGUACGAGAGCAUGGUGAAGGAGGGACUUAUUGUACCUGCGGAGGAAGUACCGCCCCCAACCGUGCCGAUGGAUUACUCGUGGGCUCGCGAGCUUGGUUUGAUCCGUAAGCCGGCCUCGUUCAUGACGUCCAUCUGUGACGAGAGAGGACAGGAGCUGCUUUACGCCGGUAUGCCGAUCAGCGAUGUGCUGCAAAAGAACGUAGGAAUCGGUGGCGUUGUGUCGCUGCUUUGGUUCCAGCGCUGUCUGCCACCGUAUGUGUGCAAAUUCUUCGAAAUGUGCUUGAUGGUCACGGCUGACCAUGGACCAGCCGUGUCCGGUGCACACAACACGAUCGUAUGUGCACGAGCUGGCAAGGAUUUGGUGUCAUCUGUAGUGAGCGGUUUGCUCACGAUCGGUGAUCGGUUCGGUGGUGCGCUUGAUGGUGCAGCCAAGCAAUUCUCCGAAGCAUACGAUUCCAAUCUUCAUCCGAUGGAGUUUGUAAACUCCAUGCGCAAGAAGGGUCAACUGAUCAUGGGUAUUGGUCAUCGAGUGAAAUCGAUCAACAAUCCGGAUGUUCGAGUAAAGAUCAUCAAAGAGUUUGUAAUGCAAAACUUCCCAGCUUACCCGUUGCUGGAAUACGCGCUUGAGGUGGAGAAAAUUACCACCAGCAAGAAACCGAAUCUAAUUUUGAACGUCGAUGGAGUCAUUGCAACAUCCUUUGUCGAUAUGCUAAGGAACUGCGGUUCAUUCACAAGCGAGGAAGCCCAGGAAUACAUCAACAUCGGUGCGAUUAAUUCCUUGUUCGUGUUGGGUCGCAGCAUCGGUUUCAUCGGACAUUACAUGGAUCAGAAGCGCUUGAAGCAGGGUCUCUACCGUCAUCCAUGGGACGACAUUUCGUACGUUCUACCUGAGCAGUACAACUAAAACCCGCCCUCUGCCGGGAUUCGUCGGGCAUCAGGGAAGAGACUUUACAAACAUUCAUUAGCACAAUACGACACAAAACGCAACCGUUUCGUUCGGACCAGAGAGAGAGAGAGAGAUCGAGCGCGCAGAAAAGUGAAAAUUUCAAAUGUCGUCAAGAGGGUGGUAAUUCAAGUAAGCAAGCAAGCGACAAGAAAACCAGAUAGCGAUCGGAAAGAAUCGAAAACAAACAAAACCAAUCUACACAACUUGAGCAGCUUUUGCACAUGCUGCGUUCUUUCCAUUUUCUCCCCCCCCCUCCUUAUUGGUAACUAGUUUUACAAGAAUCUCUUCUUUUCCUUUGGCGUAUAGUGUAAGACGUUCAGAUUCGUCAUGUUCUGUUUUGUGGCUGUUGAGCUACUAAUUUUACAUUCUCAACAAACAGUGCAUUUAUGCAAGUAAAAGUUGCUCUGUGUAAUUUGUAACUUAUUACUACUAUCAACUACAAUUCGUCGAUUCUGUUAAACAAUGGACGAUCAUCAUUUUUUAAAAGGUUGGUCCUAACCUAGGCCCCCCCGCCUAUGCAGAGAAAGAAAGUGUUAUUUUGGCAGACACAAUAUUUGCUACCCAUCAAUGCAAAUCAGGGCAAAUCUUACUGGGGUGGAAGUAGGAACGAUGUGUUCGAAACAAACGCAAGCAGUGAAAGCGAAAUGAAACUUACUUUUAAUUGCUUUCGUUGUUCAUUAGAUUCCAAUGCUUUUUUUCUUCUUCCUCUUCUUUCCAUUUUUGGUUUCUUGAUUUUUAUUAACUACAUCAAAAGUGAGUGUACAAGGCAUAUAAAUAACGACGCUAUAUUCCAUGAAUAUCAUAGCAAAAGGUGGCACUGAAGUGAGAGGCAGGCAUAUUUGCAAUUUGGCCAGAUGCGGGAGGAGACGACGAGCUCUAAAUCUUAUCAUUUCUAUUUAAAAUUGUUGUUAUUUUCUUUCCUGUAAAAGUCUUCAUUGCGGUUUCUGUUGCUAUUUAUAAGUUUAUGUGGAUAUGUUUCUUCUAAUUUACUUGAAUGGAAAAAAGAUACAUCAAUAAUAGUGACAAAAUAACGAUCUCUGUGUUCAUUUGUGUUCAUUUUUUCGUGUGUUGGUUUAGUUUAAUGUGUUUGAUUGUAAUUUAGAUGGUGUUUGUUCAAAUUUGUUUGUUUCCACAGAAAAUCCCGCGCCAUCCCAAUACGUAAUUGUUUCCAAACAUAACAAAACUGAAUGGGAUGAAUGAAAGUUUUGUCCCAAAACGAAUACAGGAAGGCAGGCAAAUGUUGAAAAUGAAAUAUGUAUCAGUGUGGCGUUGUUGUAAUCAGCUGCCGUUGUCCAAUUUAGUAAUAGAGCUCAAAAACCCGCACUGAAUAUAUCAUACGAACUAUACAACAGAAGUGUGCUCUCAGCACUUGAUUGACAUACUGCGUUAAAGCACAGUACUCGAAUUCGGAGCUCUUUGUUGGUAGUGGACGAUGGUGGACAUAUAAUGAUAAAAAGUAAAAUACUAAAAAACCAAAAACUGCACUAUGCACUGGGUAGCCUGCACAGAAUCUAUUGAAACAACAAUAUUUUAGAGCUACUUUCGUUUGAUAUUUUGGAACCAUCUUUGCAUUUAUGCAUGACUGGCAAAGUUAAAGAGAGAUCGCCGUUGACAGCGACAUUGUUGAACAUUACGAACAUACUUGAACUAUUGUAUGAUGCGGAAGCUAGCUUGCGAGAGUGUCGCUAAUACAAUCGUGAACGCUGCGCAUGGUUAUCUUUUGAAGGCAUAAUUACUUACGCUAACUGAAACUCUACCAUUCCCUGGUUAUGCUUGCCAAGACGAUAAGCUUUAGAAGAGAUGAUGAUGGUGAAUCCUGCACAGGAUCACCGCAUCCACUGUUGGAAGGUGGACAACUAUAAACUCAAACAAACACAGCACUGCACUGCACACUGUUCCUUCUACACAAGGCUGCACGCGCCAGCAGGAAGCUUGAAACACAGCUUGACUGACGGCGGAACGUAGUAAUAAAAAUGUGAAAAAUA